CCAGAACAAGUUUGCUGUGGUGUAAUAAUUAACAAAUAGAAAAAAAACUGGGCAGAAUGUCAAUGGAAUUAUGGCAUCUUAUUUGCGGAGCCUGAGACGAUGACGAGGAAUACAGACGAGCCAAUUUUGAAUCCGAAACACAUAAACACCUCAACAACCAAAUAUGUCCGCACCCCCAACCUGGUCGAGAACGGAAUAUUCUCCAAUUCCCUCGGUCUCUGCGGCUGAGUUGGAAAUGGAGCACACGAGUGCACCAACCCAAGAAGUAACAAUAGGCACCCUUCUGAAAUUAACAUCAAACGACACUCGUGAAUUCAUCUGCGGCUGGGGUGCAGCUGUGAUAAAUGUGACCGUGACGUACCCUAUAAACAAGAUAAUAUUUCGUCAGAUACUGGAGGCAGUUCCCGCGACAACAGCAGUCAGACAAUUAUCGCGGGAGGGAUUGGGACUCCUGUAUCGUGGAAUUCUUCCUCCCCUGUGUCAAAAGACCCUCUCCUUAUCCAUAAUGUUCUCAGUAUACGAGGGAAGUAGAACGAGACUGACAAUACUCACUCAUCAUCCGGUGUUUUCAAAAAUUAUCGCUGCUAACUUCGCCGGCGGCGUCGAGGCUAUUCUCAUGCCCCUGGAGAGAGUCCAGACACUCCUCCAGGAUUGGAGGUAUCACGGUAAAUUCAGGAAUACCCCCGAUGCAUUUAAGUAUCUUCUCAGUCAUCAUGGGGUCACCGAGUGCUACAGGGGUUUAGUUCCCAUUGUUGUUAGGAACGGCUUAUCCAAUCUCACUUUUUUCACGUUGAGGGAUCUGUCGAAGGAGAUGCUCGGCGAUGACCGAACUCUAUUCUCUAAUUUCGUGAGUGGAGCCCUCAUCGGAGGCUUCACGAGCACUCUGUUCUACCCCAUGAACGUCAUUAAGAUUCACAUGCAGUCGAAAAUCGGUGGGGACUUUGAGAAAUUCGGCGCCUCUUUAAAGGAUGUGUGGGUCAGCAGGAAUAGGAGCAUUAGGAGCUUUUAUCAGGGGGUGCAUUUGAAUUAUAUGAGGUCUUUUAUCAGCUGGGGCGUUAUCAAUGCUGCCUAUGAUUUUUUGAAGACACUUGUUUUUUAAUGAUUCAUCCUGUAGGAAAUUCGGGGGAGGAAAUUUAACAGAAAAAUAUUUGUUUACGAGAGUUUCUUUGAUAGAUAGCCACAGAAUAUUUUUCAUGCAAAAUUUUAUUCUAUUCGAAAUUUUACGUUGAGGAAUUGUAUAUACAUGUUUUAAUAUUGAUGAAGAAGUCAUUUAUUCAAAUGUUCCUUUUCCAUUUAAAAAUGAAUUUAUUCGAAUUUAAAUUGGAUUUUUCUUAUCGUUUGUGUUCGCGCAAAUAAGCUGUCAAUUUCAACGUUCAAAUUUCUUCUACUCUUUCAGGAGUCAGUUAAUUAUCUAGAAAAAUUUAGCGAUAAAAAAUACGUAAAUACAAUUAGUAUUCAGAAUUAAAAUUUUUUUACAUGAAGUGAUGACUCGGGGAUGGAGUUCUUUUGUACAGUUGUAGAUGACUGGCCAGUGCAGAUGACAUUACUUUGUCUGCAUGAAUCAUCUUUUUCUCUUUUUAUUUAUUUUAUGAGAGACUGCAUUGUAGAAUCAACAAAUUUCUAUGUAUGAUGUUUUAGAAUAAUCAAUUGAAUGGUGUUGUACAUAAAUAUAUUGAUUGUUUAAUCGA